CUCUCUAUUUCCCUCCCUAGUUCUCAUUGAUUCUCUCCUCAGAGAGAGAGAGAGAGAGGAAUUCGUAUGGAUGCUUCUUACACCAUUCCCUUCUUGAGAGAAGGGAUCUCUCUCAUUCUCUCUCAAUGGCAGGCUCUACAAAUGGCAAUCAAGAAUGAAUGGGGAGGGAUGGAAUCUCAUCAAAAGUGUGAAGAGUUGACCUCUACCCUCCUCUCUUAUUUCUCUCAAUCCAAAGCUCCACAUCAUAUUGAAGAUUUAGAAAAUAUACUUGAUGAGAACAUGGUGCUCUCUUUCAAUACAGAAGCCUUGGAUGGGAGCAUUGAGCAGGUUGCAGAGCAAUUGAUGAUUUUGUAUGAAGAUUGUCUUCACGGCAAUUAUGAGACAAAGCUAGUUUUGAUUUAAUUCUCCUCCUUCAACAUUCGUACGGCUUCUCCUCUUGUUUCUUCAAUCAAACCCAUUUUUUUAUUCCUAAUGAGCUUGUUAUUUGCUCCAUCUAUAAGUUUCCUUUUUUUUUUGCCAUCUAUUUCUAGUUUCAUUCCAAGUUGGCGAUGGAUGAAAAGAAAUUUGGAUAUGUUUAAUAAAUAAAUAAAUAUGAAAUUCAGAUAUGAUGUUUGAAUUUUU